GGUAGUAGUGGAUUGGCAUUCGCGCCUUGUUGGGACGUUUGGAAACAAAAACCCUAAUAGCCAAACGGAAUUGAAAUUACAACACGCACCAACUCUUCUUCUUCUUCUUGUUGAGAAGUUGCAGAGAUCCCAUGGCGGACAAUCUUGAUCAGUCCUUCCCCCUUCUUCAAGAAAUCCUAAACUCGCUAUCCCAAUCAGUCGAUCAACCCCAAACCUCCGUCUCAGAGCUCAUCAGCUUCCUCAAUUCAACCCUAGACGCUGCUCUGUCAGACCCAGAAAACGAAGACGCAAAAGCCAACGCCUUCCGAGCUCUCACGAAAAUCCACCAAUUCGUCUCUUCCCCGUCACUCGACCAGGCGAUCAUCGAAGCACUCUCCUUUGAGUUGCCAAUGGCGGUUUCGAAGUUCGGAGGCGUCUCGGAUGGAUGCCUGGAGGUCGUUGAGUGCACCAUUGAUUGCUUUAUAUCAAUGUGUAGUCCACGAGACAUGCUUUCGAUUCUUUGUGAGGCGUUGGCUCCCCCAAGUGAAGCAAUCAGGGAUUCUGGUUAUAUUGCGCCUCUUCUAACUGGGCUUUCGAAAGUGUUUCUUUCCCUUCAGAGGCGUCACUUUGAGCAAGUGAAAGUGGCAGUUCCCAUUAUCGUUAAAGUUUUGAAGGGCCGGUCUUUGGAGUUGGAAGAUGAAGAUCCAGAAUUUAAGAAUUUGUUUGACAGAGCUAUGGGGAUUGCAAAUUCCAUACGUGCGGUUUGCCUAAAGUUGGAAGGUGUAGCAAAUGAAAAGCUUCGUGCUCUACUUGGUCUUUAUGUCUUACAGAUUAUGGCUGUUGUCAGCAUGAAUCAUAAUGUUCCAAGUUCUCAGCCGUUUGUUUUGCAACUGUCUAGUUUUUUCCCAUUUUGUGGUUUGUCAUAUCUUGGUGUGAUAACUGGGUCGGAUGUUGACAAAAUAACUAGGGCAGUAGUUGGAGAAGAUGAAGAUUAUUAUAUGAGUUGUUUAUCCGAUGUCAAAUGCGGUGCACCUCUUUCAGUGAUCUGGGGCCAUGCUUCUGAUGACGUUGCUGGGGCUGCUGAGGAGGAUUUGAAUUCCGUCAAGGAUGAACUUAAGGAUAACCAGACUAAAAGGUGGCUAGCUGUUGGCAUGCUAAAGCACAUACUAGCUCCUGCCACUCUGCCAUGGGAACUUAAAAGACAUGCCAUCAAUUUCUUGAUUUGCAUUACAGAUGGAAAUAUCUCCCACUGCGAUGAACAUAAUGACUUCUCAUCUUACACGACUUCCCUUUUUGCAGCUCUGCAGGCUGUUCAAAUGAUCAUCAUGUACGCAUCAGAUACAGUGCUGAGGAAGAAUGCCUUUGAAGCUUUCAAAAGGAUUAUUGCUGAUAUUCCAGCUUCUCAGAGGUUCGACAUGUUGAAGUCUUUGAUCAUAAAUAGUAAUUCUUCCUCGAUGAUUGCAAUCCUUCUGGAUAUUGUUAAAGGAGAACUGCACAAGGAAAGCUGCCAAAGCGUGGGAAAUGACGAAGUACCGCAAGCCAAACCACCUACAUUGUUUUGGACUGCCAAUGUCCUUGAAUUGGUGGAGUUGAUUCUGAAGCCCCCGGAGGGCGGACCUCCCUCUUUCCCUGAGGAUACUGAUGAGGUUCUGUCUGCGCUCAAUCUGUACAGAUUUGUAUUAAUUACAGAAUCGACAGGAAAAACCAACCACACAGGAGUGAUCUCCAGAAGCAAUUUACAGAAAGCCUAUAAGGGGUGGCUUUUACCCCUACGAACCCAGGUAACCGCCAUGAUGGCGGAGACCAGGAAUGAUUACGAGCUUCCAGUUGAUGCACUUUGUACUUUAAACCCAAUCGAGUUAGUUUUGUACCGAUGCAUUGAGCUUGUUGAAGAUCAGCUCAAGCAACAGUCUAUGUAACAGUCGUCAUCACCUGCAUAUUUGUGUUUCUAGUCAUUUACACCAUUUACGGUGAUACGAAUGCGAAGUAAUACGAGAAUUUGUCUUGCUACCGGUUGUAUAAACAUAAUUAGAGAGAUAGGCACAAGGAGAUGUACAACUGGGGAUUGCUAAGAUCCCUCAAGUUUCACAACCAAGCAUCUUUAUUCCGAUUUUGAAAUUACGAUUGCUACUUGAAAGAACAUGCGAUCUAUCUGAGUAUGUAAUUUUAAUGAUCUGUUGUAUGAA